CCUACUAAAAGAAAAGAUCAUUGUAUACAGAAUUUGUUGAAAUUACAUGAACAAUAUAAGAUUAUCAAAAAAAGUGUAAACAGAGACACAAAUAAAACUAAGGAGGACGAAUUUAAAUUAUCAUUGUUGAAUUUGUUCGACAUUGCUCAUGCGAAUGUGGAAAAAAUCGUUAACGAACCUAUAAUGCAUUUUUUAAAUGAGCAACGAAAAGAUGGUAUAAUAGGUUUCAUAGCUAAUAUUGAGUCUGAUGAUAAUGAACAAGUAUAAAAAAUGAAGGAUGAACUACUACAGCUACGGCGGGAAAAAUCGGAGAGAGAAAAAGCUCAAUACGAGCUACGUCGGGAAAACUCGGAGAGAGACAAAGCUCAAUACGGUGACUUUGUGGAAUUCACGUCAAGCAGUGAAGUGGAAGGUGCAAUUCCGUUGAGUCAGAAAACAAAAUCAUCUAUAUCAAAUUUUUCUGAUGAACUGGUAGUUCCUCAGCACCAAGAACCGAUACAAUCUCGUGGAACAAUAAAUAUCAUAGAUGAUAAAUUAGCAGCAAUUUUGGAUUAUUGUAAAAUAAGCGACCGGAAUGCUGUACGUUUGAUUAUGGCUUUAUGUUCAUCAUUAAAUAUUGAUGUAAAUCCGUUAAUAGUAAAUAAAACAUCUAUACACCGAAUUAGAGAAAAAAUACGUGAAAAAAAAAUCGAACAAAUCAAAGAACCGUUUAAAAUUGAGGACUUGAAUGCUAGUGUUCUACACUGGGAUGGAAAUUUUUUAAAAACUUCAAGCGGAGAAAAUAAAGAAAGACUGCAUCAUUAAAUAUUGAUGUAAAUCCGUUAAUAGUAAAUAAAACAUCUAUACACCGAAUUAGAGAAAAAAUACGUGAAAAAAAAAUCGAACAAAUCAAAGAACCGUUUAAAAUUGAGGACUUGAAUGCUAGUGUUCUACACUGGGAUGGAAAUUUUUUAAAAACUUCAAGCGGAGAAAAUAAAGAAAGACUGCUGCUCAAUUGAGUUGUGGACAAAUAGAAAAAAUAUUAGCGAUCCCAGUAUUAGAUGAUGGUACAGGACAGUCCCAAGCUAAUGCAAUGUUUGACGCUAUUAAUGAUUGGGGUAUUUCAGACAAUAUCAAAGCUCUUU